CUGCCCGUGGCCUCCUCACCCCGACGGGCAACUCCGAGACUCUGCCAAACCCUCUUGACCCCCUCGUUUCCCUCUCUCUACCUUUCCUCUGAAGAAACAACCCGGCGUUACGUCAUGAAGUGCAGGGCGAGCAAGACAGCGUCUUAGGAGCUAUUCGUAGGCAUUGCUGCCAAACCCGGCUUGGGGCUGCUCAUGAGCUCACUGCAGCCAAUGCAAUUUACAAAUCCAACUCUUUUAAAACAGCAGCAGUAUGUGGUCUCUGUUGCUGGCACAAUUGCGCAAAAAAAGAAACACACACACACAGCAGUGUGAACGGCGUAAAGAUAAUGAGUAGACUGGUUUACACUGUAGCCUCACUGAAAACACCAUGACAUAAUGAAGCAACAGAGAUCUUUGACGCACAGAGAUUUCUACAGCAUUUUUUUGUCUUUGAUUCUUUGCUGAUCUCAAAAACAACAUGCCCCACGCUCGAAAUAGGAACCCUAGCCCCAUCCCAGAGGUAACAUGGGACACGGGAUUGAAGGAGAUGAACGAGACCUGGAAAGGAGCUAUAGCCUGUCUCGGGGUGGCCGUCUUCUUUGUAAUGACCAUCGGGAUCAUUUACUGGCAAGUGGUGGACCAGCCCAACAAAAACUGGAUCCUCAGGGGCACUUUUAGCGGACUGAUCUGGGAGAGGAGAACCCACUCGCUGGUCAUACAGACCCUGACGGAGGACAAGACCUACGUGGAAAUUGACGUCGGGAACGUGGGGAACCCCGACAUCGAGGUUCCCUUCGUGAGGAACCUGUGCUGGCUUAAUAAAACCGAGUUCUGCUAUACGUGGGACUCGGUGGCCGAGGUGAAGAUCUCGCUGGAGGUGAAUGAGGAUACGGAGACGGAGUGCUACAGUAUGAGCUGGACGCCGGUGCACUGCCAUGUGGAGCUGAAGGACUGCUUCUCCAUGACCAACGUGUCCUGGUACGGCGGUGCCAGCGUCCGUGGUCAGACGUGGCCAAUCAACGAUCAAAAUGCCACGAUGCAGCCCUUCAUCGUCAGCGACCUGAAGGACAACCCCUCCGGCUUCGGCUCGGCCCUGGAGCGCUACUUCCUGGGCUCGUCAGGUGUUGCGGUGCUUGUAUCUCCUGAUAUUCCCCUGCAGCUCGGAGUGGACAGCAGACAGCAGUUCUGCCUGCAGUCACUGCCUAGUAUGGAGCGUCUCCCUCUGCAGUACACGGUGUGUGUGGCCCGCGACGUAAAAGCUGCUCACCAGGAAGCGGUGCAACAACUCUCCGAGCACAGCAGGCAGCUGCCCAACAUGAAAGCACUGUGGCUGCCGUUCUGGAAGCUGCUCGCCAACGUGGAUUCAGGGCCGAAAGUGGAGAGGGAGCUGAGGACCUUCUCUAACCGUCUGAGGAGACACCAGCUGGGGGAGGGAGUCAUCAGCCUCAACGAACAUUCCACCACCCUCCUCUCUGACAUGGACCAUGACUACCUCAACAGCAGGAGAAGGGGGAUGUCCAAGAGACUGACCAGGGACCUCCCACUUGUCAAGCUUCUUAACAUUUCCAUCACCCUGUCCCCUUUCCUGGGCGUGGACACCACGCAGUUCCACACCUCCCUCGUGGACGGCACCGAGGCCUACUGGCUCAGCCUCCCCUCGGCCUCUCAGGGACAGCUGAUCCCUGUGAUGAGUCAGUGGCGAGGAAAGUUCUGUGUCAAGCUGAACAUCACCAACCCAGGAGCAGUGAGCUGGUUUCUGGACAGGGUGGGAUCCCUGCAGGCCCAUUUAGGAAUGGAGUACGUCCUGCUGGAGGGGGGUGAGGGGAAUCUGUUCGAGGAGCAGUCCCUGCGACCUCCACAGGUUCUGAGUGGAGACAAGUACAUCACCCACCUGGCUGACCUGGCCACCAGGAUAGGAGACUCCACCAUCAUGACAGCAGGGACACGAUCAAGCCACAAGCCGCUGUUUGUGAGGAUGACCCCCCUGCAGUCUGACUGGAGCCCGAUGGGCCUGAGGGCCAUCAUUCCCUCCCUGCUGCACCACACUCUGCUGGGAUACAACUUCCUCAUUCCUGAUGCAGUAGGUGGCUCUCUGUCUGGAGACCUGAUCACAGAUGAGGAGUUGUUCAUCCGUUGGCUGGAGAUCGCAGCCUUCCUCCCCGUUAUCAGCUUCCACACACCGCCCUGGGUCUGCGGCGAGGACCAGGUGCUAAACCUAACUCGGACCUACAUUGCGACGCACCAGAGGGACGUGGUACCGCUGAUAGAAAAGUAUGCAGAGGAGUGGCAGAUGACGGGAAACCCCAUCUACCGGCCGAUGUGGUGGCUCAGUCCCAGUGACCCCAUGACCUUCACCAUCGAUGACCAGUUCCUCAUCGGAGACGAGGUCCUGGUGGCGCCGGUGGUGGAGAAGGGCGCAGUGCAGAGGGAUAUUUAUUUACCUGACGGGGGCUUCCAGUGGCAGGACAGCCAGAACGCACAGGUGUUCGAUGGGGGGACGUUUCUACAGGACUACCCCGUCGCUCUGGAGGACGUGGCUGUCUUCUUACGGAGAAGCUGAGUCACAUGACUGAUCCACUGAGUCACCUGACUUAUCCUAUUACUGUUCUGAAUCAAAUUCUUUUUAAAAAAAAAAACAUACUUGUGCUGUUCUCAACUUGCACUUUUCCACUAAAGACCUUGUCUCAAGGCUCUGCUUUGAGAUGAUAUGUAGAAAGAUUUUUUUUAUACUUGCACUUUACAGUUCAAAAUGAUUUUGUUUUUAAUUUUUUUUCUUUUGUGACAUUUUCUUCUUCCUUUUUUUAAAAAAAAGUUGUUAAUCGGUUUUACCUCUCGGCUGAUUUGUUUCCGGACUUUUUAAUCCGUUCUGCUUUUCUCUCUCUUUUUUUGUAUAGUUCCGGAGAAAUCUGUGUGUUUACAUACUGCAUUUCUACAGUCUUUAAAUUUUUAGUCGCUGCUGGCUCUCUUGAUAAGGAGGAACAAAGCAAGCCCCUUGUUUGCUUAAACAAAUCUGAAUCUCUCAAGAAGACCAAAUGAAGAUAUAGAAAGACAGAGGAAGAUGACUGGAAGGGCUUUUUUUCUAGGGAAAUGCUUACUGGGAGGAAAUUAGAUCACAGAAAGCUGCAUAUAGAGACAGACGCAGCGUGGUACCGUACGUCCUGCUCACUCAUUGGAAAGGCUUCUACUUGAACUUAUCAGGCCAACGGGCUGAUGUUUUUAUGAAUGUACCUCAAGUUAUGGAUUUUCAUUGCGCUACAAAGUCAUCUGACACAACCACCUAUGACCCCUUCGCACAUAUUCUUAGCAUAGUUUGUCGACAUACCACUGUUGGAUGUAUCUGAAUGUCCCUUAGUACUGUACACCACACGAACUUGAGGCCAAGCCACUGUCAUUGUACCUUUGCAUAUAUUUGAAGUUAGAUUAGAGUUUACCUUCUUACUAACCUGCUGUAACAAGGGCUUUGAAAUGGGUGGCUCUUUUUUUAAUUACUCAUUAAAUGACUAAUGCAGUGUUGCUACGCUCUUUAAUAUAACCAAAUAUCAAAUGAAUGACAACAAAUGAAAUUUUAAAAUUAGUGUUAUUGCCUUGAUAUGGAAGUGACCUACACCUCCUCCAUCCCCUCUACUGAACCAGACUUUGCACCUCUUUAUGUGUAUUUAGUACAUGCAUAUACAUGCAGUAUGUAAGAGCUAAAUUAUGUCUACACUGCCUUUAAAUGACUGAAUAAUGGAGCAUUAAAUGGGGUUAGAACAAUUUACCUAACCAUCUUGAAGGUGGAGUCAGUCCCAAGCAUCCCAUAUGUAUGGGGAUGAUGCGCGCUGGUAACACCUAUUGAAUCGUAUCCUCCUGCUCCAAUUGCCCCUUUUCCCCCUUCGUCUCCUCUUCCCAGCUGAAGUUUGCUUCCCAUUUGCAGCAUCAGGUCUGUGCACGAAAACCAGUCGGGCAGUGAGCAGACAUGCUGACUGAAUUUGGCAGUGUGUAUUUUAUAUUACAGUAAAAUCCCAUAUUCCACCUUUAAUCUGUGCAAAAAGCCUAAAGGUGAAAACAACAAGCUGCAAUUUUACAUUGUGUUACAUAGUGGACUAUUUCUCUAACCCUCGAAUUUCCAUGCUAAGCUAACUGUCUUCUGGUUGUAGACUUUCAGCUUAGCAGGCACACAGGAGAAUGUGGCAGUUUUCUCAUCUCAUCAGCUCCUAUCAAAAAAAUCUAAUAAGCUUAUUUCCCCAAAUGCUGAACCAGCAUACACAAAUGCUUCUCUAAGUGUUGCAGACAAAAAAAAGCCACAACCAUGUUGGAUUUACAAGAAGUUGUUGAUCUAAUAUUUAAGAAUCACAGAGUUGCAGUAGUCACCUCUUAGAAUCCUUCACAAAUAGUUCAUUUUCUGCCCUUGUGUGUAACUUGACUUAACCUGCUGCUUGGACUGUCUUUGUAAAUACACUCACUUCCAUCGCUUUCUUCAGUUGAGUCAGAAUGUUGUUUGAACCCUCACUUAAUGCUUUCAGCGAAUGAGACGAGAUUUUCUUUUUGUGAUUAUAUUCAGAGUCUGCCCAUGAACAAAUGUAAUCUUUAUGUCACGACGCAUUGCUCUACAUGUCUUUAGCUAGUGCUCUUUGUCAGCGCGUAUCUUUAUUGAUUUGUUCUUCACAAGGUAAUCUUAACUGGCCAGCAGUGAUGAUACAGACUCGGGAAACUUAUCGCUUAGUGACUGUUACCACUGAACUGAUUGUGUAACUUUGAUCUAACAAGUUUACUGUAUCAACUCAAACACUCAGGUCUAAUGAAGCUUAUCAGAUCACCAAAUGUCUUAGUGCAACGCAGUAUGUUGUGAACACACUGACGUCUUAAUCUCUCCCAGAGCAGAAUGUACAACGGACAAACUGUGACUUCCCACAGCCCUUCAUGUGAGGAGCUUUUCUAGUUCCCCUUUUAAUGCUUUUAUGGAAUGCUGUGGUAUGUUCACUUCUGAGUUGCAAGAAAAGCUUUGAUGUGUUAUUCCUUCCCUCUACAGACUGCGCCAACCAUGCGCCUUAAUAUGCCACUCUUAAGUCGAGGCCACACGAGUGUCUGAAUUAUUGCAGAAUCAGCAAUGUACAUAUUACGAUGACUGUGCCAUUACAAGUGUUGUUUUUUUUCUCUUCUGUAAAUCAGAGAACGUAGAAUGACAAAGUUGCAAUAAAGUUUACAUUUUCUUACUUCA